AUGGUUGCUCAGCUUAAUAUUGCCGAAGAAGAGUUGCUGAUUGCCAAAGAACCUUCGCUGAAGCGGACUGCGCGCUACCGGUGCGGGUAUUAUAUACAUCCUCACUUGGACCCUUACCUGCACUUCCUUGAGGAUAUCAUUUCCCUCGGGUUUCGAUAUAGACCAGAUUGCAUUUUCGACGAGUACGACGAUGAGACGAUUCACGACAUGUUCCGGUUUGACGAUUGGGGGGACAUCUGGGAAGAAUUUCUGGAAAGCUUGGGAAUCAAUGUGGAGUGGGCUUUCGAAGAAGAUGAGAGGAGAAAACGGGUGAAGAUGGGCACGACAUCGGCACAUGAGGUGCAGCGGCCAAUUCAGAGCGCACAGGAUAUCUUGCAGGUCCAACAUCGCAGGCCAUUCAAGGCAGACCCGGAAGCUUAG